GUUCAGGAACACACUUUAUCUCCACAACACAGGGCAGCCGUGAAGUCCUUACAAUCAGCCUCUCGGUCUUUAGACAUGAGUGUGAGCUGAUAGUAUGCGUUCAACAGCAUCCUGGCAUCCACCAUCCUGCUGCUUCACCUCAAUAAAACCUAGUGGGACUAUUCAGUGCGAGUUGUGAAAAUGGCGAAGGAGGGUUUCCAGCUCAGAGCUUAUGACAGCGAAGACCGUGCUGAGGACACCGAGCUGCAGCCAGCUGAUUUCCCAACAUCAUCACUAGCAUCCCUCCAUCUCAGGGAUGAUGAUGUGGUCAGCCACAAGGGCACCAACCAUAUGGUUGAUAAUCCUGAGCCCCACUCUGUAUUCCCUGUUACGAUGUCACCACCACUCAACCAAUCACAACUAGGGAAGGAUGCAUCAAUUGAUACUAGGCCUGAGCCUACAUCAGCAGCACAAGAGUUGUUGGAGACGAAGAUGGGUCAAAACGACAGCGGGGCUCAGUCUUGUUCCCUGACAGCAUUCCUGCAGGAUCUUUCCUCUCCAGUUGAUCAUGAUGAUGUGUUUCCUGUCCCAAGAACUAACUUCGCCAAGGAAGGAGACCUUCAAUCUAAGAACAAAAUAACCAAAGCCAUGGCAGCAUGUGGGUGCAACUCUGAUGACAAUCAUCUUUCAGAGGCAGAUUGGUACUGGGGGAAUAUCUCAAGGGAGGAAGUAAAUGAGAUGAUGAGAAACACUCCUGAUGGGACAUUCCUGGUUCGAGAUGCUUCUAGCAAGGUGAAAGGGGAAUACACUCUCACACUAAGAAAAGAUGGAACAAACAGACUGAUAAAGAUCUUCCAUCUGGGGGGAAAGUAUGGUUUCUCUGAGCCACUGGCCUUUCCGUCUGUGGUAGACCUGAUUCAGUAUUACCAGAACAAGUCUCUGGCCCAGUACAACUCUAAACUGGACACAAGGCUUCUCUACCCCUUAUCCAGAUACCAGCAGCAGGUUGUGAUGGAAAUUGACAUUGAUGCAGUUGGAGAACAACUGAGAAUACUUCAGGAUCAAUACAAAGAGAAGAGCAAAGAAUAUGACCAUCUGUUUGAGAAGUUUAACCAAACAUCCCAGGAACUGCAAAGCAAGCGGACAGCCAUAGAGGCUUUCAGUGAAAUCAUUCGGAUCUUUGAGGAGGAGUGUGAGACUCAGGAGCGCUACAGCAAAGAAUACGUUGAUAUGUAUCUUACAUUAGACGGCAGUACAGAGACUGACAAAAUUCAUAACAAUUCAGAUGAUCUGCAGUCCAGGGUGGAGGAGAUCCACAGCAGCAAGAAGAGGUUAGAGGAGGAGCUGAGGAUGAAGGCGCUGGCUCACAUGGAGGUAGACAAAAAGAUGAACAGACUGAAGCCAGACCUUGUGCAGCUCAGGAAGAUCAGAGAUCAAUACCUUCUAUGGCUCACACAGCAAGGAACUAAACAGAGCCAGAUCAAUGAGUGGCUUGGUCUCAAGAAUGAAGAGGAAGAUCCAUACACCCUGGCAGAUGAAAGCCACCAGGAGGAGAGGAGCUGGUAUGUUGGUGGUAUGAGACGAAAAGAAGCAGAAGAACUGCUCCGGGGGAAGAGAGACGGGACCUUCCUUAUCAGAGACAGCCAGACUCAGAGAGGCUCUUUUGCCUGCUCUGUUGUUGUUGAUGGGGAUGUGAAGCACUGUGUGAUCUACAGGACGUCAACUGGGUAUGGCUUUGCUGAGCCCUACAACCUCUACUCUUCGCUGAGAGAGCUGGUCCUCCACUACCGACACACAUCCCUGAUCCAGCACAACCAGCAGCUGAAUGUAACACUGGCCUGGCCCGCUCUCAGCCAGCAGCCCAGCUGAGACACACCAGCACGCCACUCUAAUGGCGCUUACCCAAAGCUUCACCGUAUAAGCACUGAGGACGCACCAAUAUGGACACUGUUACCUGGUUCUUACAGAGUACCGGUUAGUGUUGUCACCUUACAAGAAUCUUAAGAAACAACUUCAGUAA